AUGUCAGAUGAUGUCAACAGGAUUCUUGGACCAAAGCCUGAUCUUCCUGAUGCACAGACUGAAGACACCAAGACUGAUGCAUCCAACAGGAAGUCUGCAAAAUUGUACAAGGUGUCAAAUGCCAGUGGGAGUAUGUCUGUCACUUUGGUGGCUGAAGAAAACCCCUUUUCCCAGAGUGCACUGCAGUCCACCGACUGCUUCAUCUUGGACCAUGGUUCCAAUGGCAAGAUAUUUGUCUGGAAAGGUAAAGAGGCUAAUAAAGAAGAGCGGAGUGCAGGCAUGAAAGCUGCUGAGGACUUCAUCAGUAAGAUGGGCUAUCCAAAACACACUGAAGUCCAGAUCAUCCCUGAGAAUGGAGAGACUCCUCUCUUCAAACAGUUCUUCAAGUUAUGGCAUGAUACAGACCAGACAAAGGGUAUGGGACAAGCCUAUGUGCCUAACAAAAUUGCCAAGAUCAAGAAAGUGCCCUUUGAUGCAUCAUCUUUGCACAAAUCGGAGGCAAUGGCUGCUCAGCAUGGAAUGGUAGAUGAUGGGAAGGGGGAGAAAAAGAUCUGGCGCAUUGAGGGAUCAGACAAGGUACCAGUUGACCCAUCCAUUCUUGGGCAGUUCUUUGGAGGAGACAGUUAUAUCAUCCUGUACAGCUACAAGCAUGGGGGACGUCAGGGGCAGAUAAUAUAUAUUUGGCAGGGGGAAGAGUCCAGUCAAGAUGAGAAAGGGGCUUCUGCCAUUCUGGCUGCCCAGCUUGAUACAGAGCUCGGUGGGAGUCCUGUGCAGGUGCGAGUAAUUGAAGGCAAAGAGCCCCCUCAUCUCAUGAGUAUCUUUGGCGGCCAGCCAAUGGUGGUGCACAAGGGUGGGACUUCACGAGAGGGUGGCCAAUCUAAGGCUUCUGCAAUCCGCCUUUUCCAAGUUCGUGCCAAUCCUGCUGGGCACACACGAGCUGUUGAGGUUGAUCCUGUAGCCUCCAGCCUCAAUUCCAAUGAUGCCUUUGUUUUGGUGACUGCUUCAGGCUCUAUGCUGUGGCUGGGUCAUGGUGCAAGUAAUGCAGAAAAGAAUGGAGCCAAAAAGCUUGGCAGCAUUUUAAGAGUGGACCUUUCAGAGAUAUCAGAAGGAGCAGAGGGAGAUGGCUUCUGGAGUGCUCUUGGAGGAAAAGCAGACUAUCGCACCUCUGAAAGGCUCAAGAGCAAAAUGGACACCCAUCCUCCUAGGCUUUUUGCAUACUCUAACAAGACCGGACAAUUCCUUAUUGAAGAGGUGCCAGGAGAGAUGACCCAAGAGGACUUGGCUCCAGAUGAUGUCAUGAUUCUGGACACAUGGGAUCAGGUCUUUGUUUGGAUCGGAAAUGAAGCUAAUGAAGAUGAAAAACGUGAAGCUGUGACUUCAGCUGCCAAAUAUAUUGAAUCAGAUCCUGCCAGCAGGGACAAGAGAACUCCCAUUGUUACAGUGAAGCAGGGCUUUGAACCCCCCACCUUUACAGGGUGGUUCCUGGGUUGGGACCAUGACUUCUGGAGUUCUAACCCACUGGAGCGGGCCAUGGCUGGUUUGAAAAUGUAAACUGAUGACUCUUAGGGCUGAAGACACAGAGUUGUUUAUGUUUGUUUGAUCGAAUGAUUCAAAUUGACUAUCAACACUUAACAUUACCUAACAUUUCUCAUCUGAUUUACCAACACUUGUUAACCUCACUCAAUCUUGUUUUACCUUCAUAUGGGAAAAAGAAAAAUGUCCUUGUUUACAAGA